AUGGCAGCUUCGGAGAUUCUUCUGGCAGUGAAAACCUUCUCGGAGACGCGGGACUACGAGAAAUUUUGCAACUCCGUGCAGUACAAAACCUACGACGGGCGGUUCCUGGUGAAAAACGUCGUCACCGCGUUUCCGCACCGGCACGCCAUAUUAGAAACGGUCGACGUGUAUAGCGGCGAGCGAAAAUGGCUUCGAUUUAUCUGGGUACAGUUUUAUUUUACGAAUGACUGACAUUGAGCAAGAAUUCUGUGUGAGCGUCAAAUGCACGGUGAAUAUUGCAGCACUUCUACACCUUACAAAUCCCCACAGGUCAACCCCGUCGAUGCGGAGUUGACAAUGCGGGAAUUUUACGUGCUCCGCAGUCUGUCCGGCUUGCGCGCCUUGCCGACGCUGGAGCACGUCGCGCUUCAGGACAACAACCUUCUCGUCGCGAUCUACAAGGCCCUGCCCCCCGGCGCGCGCACGCUCGCCCGGGAGAUGGAGGGGCCCCCCGGGAGCCGCGGGCAGCAGCUGUCCGCGUUCCGGCUGGUGCAGAUCGUGCACGCGGUUUUUGAUGCCAUUCUCGAACUCGAGGCGAAGGGGUUCUGCAUGCUGGACCUCCGGCCCGAGAACAUCUGGCUCUGCAGGGGCAACUACAGCGAGGACAACGAGGGGAACCUGCUGUAUGAGAGUGCACAACUCCCCCUCCCCCUCAUUUGAAUGGCAUGAGCAGCAACACAAGCAACGCCAGAAAUGUGGCUUCCGCAUGACAAAUCUUCAGCCCCCGGAUUGUAGUACUGUUUGAGGGUGCGAAAUUUGUCAUGCAAACAGUGCCACAAGGCAGUGCCUGGAUUUGGGAUUUUACAUGACAAAUGAGGGGGAGGGGGAGUUGUGCACUGUCAUAUGCUGCAGGCGAAGGCGAGAAACUUCACGGACGAGGAUAACGUGGACCCGCAGCACCCGCAGCGCCGCUUGGGGAUGAACCACUACCGAGAGCACAAACUGCAAGUGACAUUCUUGGAGUGCGAAAACUUGUACUUGUCCGCGGUGUGCCGGAAGCAGUACAAGGUACAGCUCCCGCAGCUGUUUCUGUCGAAACUGCCGUUGUUUUUUAAGCAGUUCGGAUUGCCCGAGCUGUUCGAUAAGGGCCAGAUGCGGUGGGUGGACGUCCAGCUCUACAAAAUCCGCGAGCUCGGGCACUUCCUCGUCCCAGAAAUCAUCCGCUCGCAGGCGAAAAAACGCGCACCGGAAAUGUUCAACAGUUCAACCAUGAAGGCAGGGGGUGAACAAGGGGACGACGAACCAAACAACCAAAUUUCUUCCCCCACGGGCACGACCGCUCUAGACGACGACGCUCCGCCGAAGGACAAGAAGACGCUCGCGAAGGCGCAGCGGUGGGCGUUGGGCCGCUUGCUGGUGAAGCUGCUGGAGGCAGUGACGCCGGAGCAAGCGCCAGCACCGCGGAAACCAGACUCAACACUCUUUGCGGGCGAGGAAAAGGAAGUGGAUUUUUCGUCCCCGUCAAGGAAGUGUGUGGGCGCGAAAGCGUACUUGCUGCCCGAGAUACCGGUGACGAGCGCGGAAGAGACAACCGUUGAUGUUUUUGGGAACGACGACGAGACGAAGAAUACUACAGGUACCGGGCAAAACUACGCCUCUUCGGCCUCGCCCGACAUUUACCUCGUUUCGUCUCCGAAAAAACUUUCUGGUGGUGACACGGUCUUGGCCAAGGACGUGGUUUCUCGGAUCGAGUCGGUCGGGUUGGAAACGGCAAAUUUGGAGGAACGGAUCAACCAGCUCGAACAGGACUACGCCAGUAUGGAGCAGGAAGAGCUGGUAAUCGCCCCGCCUCCACCCGGAGAAGACGAUGAGGACGGAAAUAACAACAAUACUUCCCCCUCAUCGGCGAAAAAAAAGAAGAAAAGCAAGUCGGCUUCGCCGAGUCCGUCGAGAGGGGGUUCCUCUUCGCCAUCCAGAGCUGGCGGCGCGUCUGCAAAAACGCCGAAGAAGGGCAAAUCAGGGAGGUUGCACAAGGUGAUUUUCCGGAACGGGAUCGGGUUGAAUGGCAGCUAUGCUUAUUUCUAUGACUGGUGGCGCAAGUGGGUGGAGUUCGGUUUACCAGAGGACGGCGUAACGAUUCGGGGGUUGAGAUAUGCGCUGGCGCAGGCAGUGAUGACGAAAGACACGUACGCUGCGGAAUCCCAUUUCUCUAUGCUGGACGAGGUAUUUCAUUCACUUUGCUUUUUUGUUGAUGACUUCAUCUUAUUUUUCCCUAUCCCUGUUAUCGUCGAACUUUAAGAGAAAAUUUGCGAUUUUUUUUUUUUGCGUUCUUGUAGUAGUGCAAGAUUUUUCAAGCAUGCGAAUAAAGAUAAAGAAAAUUGCGAAAAAAAAAUCCAGAUCGUCCCCUUUCUCCUUCACCUCGAGCACGACCGAGGCUUCGUCUCCCUCGCAGACAUGGCGGAGCGUUUCCAGCGGCGGGUGGACACGAAUUUCGUGGAAAACCAGUUCUACGCGAUAUCGUAUUUAAAAACGUUCCCACGACCCCAUAGUUGUAAUGCAAAUCUGCAUGCUGAAAAUGUUUCUCAUGCGGAGCCCCAUGAGAAGCAUUUUCUAUUCGUGUUUUGCAAUUUGUCAUGCUCCAAUCAGCAUGAUAUACGAGAUCUGCGAUGCUGCUGAGGUAGCUCAAACAGCACUACACUACGAGUCCAAAUUUGUCAUGGAAGACAGCCAAAACUUGUGGAUUUGUCUAGCCGAUUCGCCAUCUUGACCUUGGAGCUUGGGACGUUUUUACAUAGGAUACGCGAUGCCCCGGCUGAUGACGAACUCCGUCUGGGACCUGUCGCAAAUCACCCUCACCUCCGCCCACGCGUGGCGGGUGCUGGAGACGCUGCAGAUCGCCAUCGAGAAGAAGGCGAAGAUCAAAGUGCAGUACUUCGCCAGCCCGUACAUGAGCGAGCCGGAACCAAGUUUGUUUUCCGCGGAAACGGACGGGAAGGGCGGGGCCGUGCGGGUCCGAAACAGUGCCGACGGUUCCGACGCGGACGAAAAGGACAGCAUUUUCGCCUCCAGUUCGGACAAGACGGUUGCGACGACGACAAUUGCAUACCAGUACCCGUCCUCCCCCUCGAAGAGAAAAAAGUCCCUGCCGACGCUCGGUCCCGCGGAGCAGGAGGUUUUGGUCCGGUACGUCCGGCAAAACCCUCGUGGCCAGAAGUUCUUCGUUCAAAAGCUGAAAUCCAAGGGCGGGCUGAGCGAGAAGCCCGCGCAGUCCGACGGCACCAUGAUGCCGGCGAGCGUGGCGGAGCAGCAGCAAGACGCCAGCAACGCUUCCCCCACAAACGGCAGCAAACCGCAAACCCCCUCGGUCGCGCAGUCCGGUAUCAACCAGAAACUCGGGGGCUCCGCGGGGGGCGCCGGGACCGCGUCGGUCGGGGGCAGCAGCUCGAGCUCCAAAAAACCGAAGGAGGAGCGGCGAAUUUUCAGCGAGUUGGCAGGGUACGACGCCACCGGCGAGCAGCAGAUGGCGCUGGAACGGAACAAGCGCAAGGUGUUUGGCGUGGAGUACUUGUUUCUCCCGCGAAAAGCGGACGAGAAAACAGUCGUCGACUGGGAAAGUGAUGCCAUGUCGUCGAACACCUGCUUUCUCUACGCCUCCCUGUGCGAAUACCUGGUGUUGCACGGCAAACUGAAAGACCCGGUGCAGGCGAUCCACCGGUUUGUGUCCGAAAUGCAGACCCCGACCUAUCAGAGUGCACAACUCGUCGCUCCCUUCCUUCGCAUGUAUAUGCCAUGGACAGCAGUUGAACUAAAAGUAAAAGCGCCGGCACGAGCUGCACACCUGCACUCUGUGCAUGACGGAUUCAUCGUGCGCGAGCUGCAGUACUGUAGGUUGGGCCCCUUCCGAAAUCUGUCAUGGAUGAAUAAAGGUGCCAAAAGGAAUAAAAGUCGGUUAAGCAUGACACAUGGGGGGGAAGUUUUCUACUCUGAUACAGACAGCCUGCGGUUUUUGUCGCUGCGAAACGUGAAGUGCUUUGACAAGGGCGCCCUGCAGGUCAUAUUGGCCACGAAAACGCUGGAGUACCUGGACCUCACCGGCAACUGCCUCACCGACACCUGCCUGGCGGAGUGGGAAGCGCGGGGAGGCGUGCAGGCGACCAGUCCGGCGCUGCGCGCACUGCUGCUGGGCAGCAACGCCAUCUCUGCGGUGGGGGUACAGAGUCUCAUGAACAUGCUUGCCGGAGAGGAGCCGACGGUGUUGGAGGUCUUGGACUUCUCCGACAACUGUUGCGCGGGCGCGGGGACGCACAUCGCCCGACACUUCGCGAAAAAUCCCAAUUCAGUGUAUAAAUGAUGCAGCAAUUCGUAUUAUGAACCGCCGUAGUCUCAUUUUUUCUCGGAUUCGGAAUCGGAUGAAAUACUUCAGAUGAAGAUGAACGCCAUUGCAUAUUAUAGAUUUCUCGACGUUCAUCUGUACCCGAGAUGCGUGAAAGUAAGCAUACAUGGUUAUGUUCAUUUGAAUUUCUAAGCCGAGGAGGAAAAAUUGUAGCGUCAAAACAAUCUAUGGAUCGAAAUAAUUAAUGACAGUUUGCACACCGUCUCCCUGCGGCAGAAUGGCAUUGUGACGCAGCAAGAACUCCUGGAACUCGCCGCCGCUAUCCGCGACAAGGGCCGCGCAAGGGACCAGCAUUUUCUCACCCUAGACCUCGAAGGCAACCAGUUUGGCGAGGCCGGGGCGGGUCUCCUGCUCGCGGAGGCCGAGCGCGGGCGGCUGAACCUGCGCCACACGGGACCCAGUUUGGGUUUUUUUGAAAAGACCAUCGCGCAGUUGAACGCGGGGGCGAGUGCUGCGGCAGCUGGUGGCGGGGCGGCCGCAACUACGGGUGGCGCUGGUGCAGCGUCGAGUGCCGCGGUGCCGCCGCUCAGUCUGCGGCCGUUCAGUUCCUCGGACAUUUGGGCGUACACCGUGAAGGAGCCGCGCACGAAAAUCAGCUACUUGGACCGUUUGUCCGGCGACCCGGCGGGGGGGAGCGACUCGCAGUUCUAUUUGGAAGUCUGUAUGGAAGGGGAAUUGAUUUUUUGUGAGUCAAGAAUGUUGAAAGUGACGCAUAGCUUUCUUUCGAAAUGUAAAGAAUGGAAACUGCAGUCUGGUGGUGGCUUCUCCUUCUGA